AUGUUGAGUGGUGUUUUAUUAAAUGAUGAAUUGAAGUUAAUGUAUUUGAUGAGGUAUUGCACUGGAGAUGCUGCAAGAGCUAUACAGUGCUGUAAGUUUAUGAAGCCAAAAGAGGGCUACUACGAGGCUAUGAGCAUAUUACGUCAAAGGUUUGGAAGACCUUCGAUGAUUGCAGGGAAAUUAUUCGAGGCUGUUAAGGGUAAUGGUGGUCAAUUACAGGAUGAUUCCCAGGCACUCACUGAGUUUUUAGAUAAUUUGCUAAUUUACAAGAAUGCAAUGAUUUCGAUGAAUCGCACGAGUGACCUCAACUCGAGUUUUAUACUAGAAGUAAUAGCAAGACGUCUACCUACUCGACUGCAAAGGAAGUGGGUGAAGAUAAGCUCCCGUAUGGAGGAUGAGGGUAUCGAGCCAAAGUUUGAUGAUAUCCUGAAACUGGUAAAAGAUAGUGUCAAUCAAUCUAUGAGCAAGUUCGCCAGUCUAUUACAUCUCACCCCUAGAAUAGAGCAGUCUGAGAUCAAAAUGCAAUCAUUGAUGACGAGUAGGCCUCAGAGAGGUGGAUAUCGAGAAGGCUCCAUGAUGUCUAGUAAUGCAUAUAGACCUAGUGAGUGUAACAGGUUUCGUAGUACAUCCUCAACAGAUAAGUUACAAGAUGCAAGACAAACACGGUUGUGGUUUACACGUGUGCAAGAGGUGCAUACAGAAGUGAACUGUGAACCGGUGAGCAAGUUCAGUGAUAAGCUAAAUGUAAACUCCAGGCCUGACUCCGAAUUGUGUGACGAUAACGGUGCUGUGAAGAAGUCUGUAGUUGCAACUGGUAAGCCAUUGUUGAAUAGAGUGUCACAGAAUAGAGUUACUGCUUCAGAGUGCAGUUCUGACUCCAAAAGUUUACAAGGUAUUACUAGUCAGAGUGAGGAUAUAAAACCUUUAAUGAUUUGUGAGGAGGAACCAAAAUUGUCUACUUCUGUUAUUAAAGAGUUUGAAAAUGAUGAACUUGACGGUAAAUUGAAUAUUUGUGAUAAUGAUCAUGAUAGUGCAGAUUUGUCUUUGGUUGAUCAUGAUGAGAUGAGGGAUAUGCCUACUACUGCUAAGUUAAAUAAAGGUUCUGUACAACUAGAACGUGAAGUAGAAAUAAAUGCAGAUGCAGUUGCAGAAGGUAUGUGA